AUGGUGGCCACAGCUGGAUUGCUGUUGAUUUGCAGCAAUUUACUAAGCAUAAGGGCGGAGGAGGCCACUACUAAUGGCUUAGCACCGGAAACACCAGCUGAGGAAGUGCAAGGACACGAAAAUACUUCGGCACGCAAAGCGAGACAAUUUGGAUUCCCACCUCCACCACCACCCCCACCAUUUGGUUUUGGCGGCCCUGGGUUUGGUGGUCCUGGUUUUGGUGGUCCUGGUUUUGGCGGUCCUGGUUUUGGUGGGCCCGGUUUUGGUAAUCCCUAUUUUGGUGGUCCUGGCUUUGGUGGCGGCUACAGACGACGUUUUAGAACCCGUUAUCGUGUUAGAUCUAGCAAUUUUGGUGUGUUUAUUGGUUAA